AUGGAAGAAAGAGAACACGAACAGAGAUAUCUAAAAGAAACGAAAGAGGUCCCCCAGCUGGAGGCCGAAUGGACUCUGCAAAGAACCUUAAUCCGAGUGGAGAGCGUGCAGGUGGUCCGCUUCCAGGAGGACGGCCAGAGAACCCUGAACUCCGGUGGGCAUCUACCAGCGGCAUCCUCAGCCGUUCCCCGUCAGGUGUAUUCGGUCACCUUCUGCGCCAGGUUCAAGAUCUUCUACCUGCACACGCGGGGGACGCUGUUCCACAUCUCCGAUAAGCAGGAAGGCAAAGACUGGAUGUUACGUGGAGAGGUUUGGGUGGACAAGGUGCGAGUGGCCAUUUCCCACACAUGGCACUUCAUGCCCCUCAAGACGCAACUCUGGGCAUUCAGGUGGUAUCAUCUUUGUUUCACUCAUGAUCACACCACCGGAAAAACAGAAACCUUCAUCAACGGUGAGAUGGUUCAGCACUCUUAUUACAACAUAGGAAGACCGACAUUUGGAAACUACGCAGCAAUAGGAAAUGGGCAGACAGCAGACGAGAGCUACAGUGGCGACUUGACUCAGGUUAAUGCUUGGGACAAAGUACUCAGUUAUGAUGAAAUCAAAAGAAUGGCAAACUGCAUGGCUGACAUUCAAGGUAAUUAUAUCUCCUGGGAAGCAGGUUGGAAACUAAGUAAUGCCACGACUUAUGAAAUGUCCUUGUCAGAGCUCUGCCAAAAGGACACAUCACGUCUCUACUUCUGGUUUCCUCGUGUGGAAGAAGACACUGCUCUGUACAUAUGUGAAGCCCUCGGCACUCAUCUCCCAACAGUCAAAAGUCCCGAAGAGGUCAACUUCCUCUACAAUAUUCUGGAUACCACUUGGCCUGAGUCAGAAAAAUGUCCUCUGUAUUACUGGAGUGAUCUGAAUGACAAGAGACAAGAGAACGUCUGGGUUCGAUCUUAUGACAACCAUGUUGACAAUGAAUCCUACUGGUCGCCAGAUGAACCAAAUGGAUUCAGGUAUGAGAACUGUGCCUUUAUCCGCCAGAAUGGUAUGAUUGACGAUGAUUGCGCUUGGGAAAGAUGUGCCAUGUGCAUUUUUACAGAACCUCAAAGAUUCUCCAUGCGCGGAACCUGUGAAAGGGAACUACGUAAUGUGUACUUUGUUGCCUACCAAGAAGCAUUUGGGCAUUUGGUCUUCAAGGGUUAUGGUUCAUAUCAAAUCAGGAAAGAAAACGGCAUUUGGUAUUAUGUGGAUACAGUUGCGGGACAUAACAUAGCCUCCAUGGAACCUAAUGAGAUAGACUACCCAAUGGGAAGAAGAUGGUGGAUAUUAGAAAGGGAGGUGUGUAACAAAAAAGCUGGAGAAAGGAAACGUUUAUUGCUCACUCCCUGCAAUGAUGAUCAAUAUACUUGUGAUGAUGGAACAUGCAUUGCCCUUCAUUACCGCUGCGAUCUCAAGUAUGACUGUCGAGACCAGAGUGAUGAGCUCGAGUGUGAGCUGAUCUCCUUUCCCAUUGACUACCAUAAGCACCUGCCUCCAAGAGUACCCAGGGAUGACCACAGCAAUGUGCCUGUUGUAAUUCAUGUCCUCAUUAAGUCGAUAGACAUUUACACAGUGGCAAUGGCCAUGCAGCUAUCUUAUGAACUGGAGAUGGAAUGGUUUGACAGCAGACUGGAGUAUUUCAACCUGAAGACAAAUGAGUCACUCAAUGCACUUCGAGUCCAGACAAUGAUGAAUUUAUGGUCACCAAUUGUGAGGCUGUUAAAUACAGACACAAUUGAUAAAUCGUUGCUGGCUGAAGAUGCUGCAGCAAUAGUUAAAAUGUUGAGCAAACCCAUGAGGAGAGAUGACAGCGCUGCUGGAGAAGUCGAUGUCUACUCUGGUGAAGAGAACCCUGUUUCAGUGUCCCGCAAAUACAGCACAGUUUUCACCUGCAACUUUGACCUGACUCUCUACCCUUUCGAUGACCAGUAUUGUGAUAUGCACCUUCAGAUUGUGUCUGGUCAAGUCUCCUUCCUUGAAGUCCAUCCAAACUCAACUGCUGUCUACAUAGGUAGCACAACUCUUAAUGAAUAUAAGAUUGGGAAACUGAAACUGGUCUACGGAGGCCCGAAACUUCCCAGUGUUGUGAGGGUUCGAAUCCCACUGAUUCGCCUCUUCGGCCAUGCCAUCCUGAACAUCUACACUCCCUCGCUUAUCCUCCUCAUCAUCAGUUACUUCACUCUCUUCUUCAGGAAAGAAUUCUUUGAUGCCCGGAUUAUGGCCACUCUUACUGCCCUGCUUGUAUUGGCUACUCUGUUUGCUCAAGCCUCAGACUCACUUCCAAAAACUUCUUACUUCAAAAUGGUUGACAUCUGGUUGUUGUUCUGUGUAAUGAUGACCUUCUUGAUUAUCAUCUUCCACAUACUGAUUGAUAACCGACUGACAGUGGAGAGCAGAGUGAUAUCAAUGACUAAAUUUCCUGAAGAGAUACCUCUCUUGCAGAAGUUAUUUGGCUGGUCUCCCAACAUGACCGUUGAGCAGCUGGAAGUCAUUGCCAAAGUUUCAGUUCUUGUUCUGAUCAUUGUCUUUAUUUUAUUAUAUAUUAUUUACAUAUUAACCUAACUCAUGUCGGUAAUGAUUCC